GUGAUCUUAACAACAGUUACAAUCCAACACAAGACGUACCAUUUGCUGAUGGUUCGCCACAAAAAGCACAUGACUCCCCAAGACACAAACACCACAAAUCAAACAGAUCCACGCCUGAACACCAUAAGAGCACCGGUUCAAUCCCCCGUGAGGGAAGUACUUCAAGCCGCAAGUCCAGAGAGGAAAAGUCGUCAUCGAUUCUCAUCAUGGAUCGCCACAUAAGGAAAAACAUAAACAUAAAAAAGAAGGAAAAGUGGAAAACCCUGUUGAUAUGAAGAAGCAUAAAAGCGCGGAUACUUUGGAUACCAAUGUAAAGCCUUCAGCAGUCUCUGUAGCUCCCCACGGUGACAGUGAGUUUGCUGUGCCCAACGCUCCUCGAAGAAAGAAAAAAGAACGCAAGGAAAAUGUUCCUCCAUCUCCAAGCUUGGAACACCGUGCUCCAAAUUCAAUUGAAAGGGUGAAGGCAGCUUUACAAAACUCUGGUGAACAAGGAAGGAUAAGUCGUGCAAGACCAGCAAGUGUUAUGCAGACAAGUUACACGGGUUCAGUAGAAAGAGCCCGACAGAAUUUCCAGAGCAAACCAAAAAAUGGAGAAGACACAACGUCUGUGUCGGAGAAAUCCAUGGACAGUCGGGGUGAAAAUGAGCAAGAUGAUGAGUAUGACAGAUAUCCAGUCUCUGUAUCUUUAAGCGCGAAUGAAAAAGCGUGGAUGUUAAAAUCAUGUCAAGGAGAUAUGGUGGAAAUGAGGAAAUUGUUGGACAAUGAUUCUACAUUGCUGGAAAAAAAGGAUUUCAUCUCGGGCACUGCAUUACAUUGGGCAGCCAAGAAGGGAAAUAAGGACAUGCUGCAUAUGCUGCUUGAUCUUAAAGUUGAGGUUAACGUUAAAUCGAACGGGGGUUAUACACCACUACAUCUGGCUGCCAUGAAUGGACACGAAGAUAUUAUCAUUUCACUUCUUCAACAUGAUGCAAAUCCAAAGAUGAGAGACUUCAGCGGUCGACUUCCCAUACACUACCUCAAGCUAGAUAUGUCCCUCCCCCUUCAAAAGUUGCUGUUUGGAUCUGAACAAAUGAUCGUGAAAGGGUUCGCUGCUGGUUUGCGACCUCACGAAACAGAUUCUCGGAAAACUAAUCGCUUAAGCAGCGCUAUUAGUGGCGGCUUAACGUCUGUAGGAGCGCUAAUGAGCAGAUCGUCUGAAGACGUUUCAAAACUUGAUGAACCAAAUCGACCAGGACGGUCUGGGUCCUUCAGAAACAAAAUGUCGCGGAAGAAACACGGAAAAUCUACCAAAGAAAGGCCGACCAUAACCCUUGUUACAGCCGACGAAAGUGAUUCGGGUUUUGGUUCCAUCCGUUCAUCAGUAGUGAGUCUUCCACUCUCCGCUUCCACACCUAACUUACAGAGGUCGACGCCAAACACACCUAAUCCUUCCAGAGCAGGGGAGCGAGCGAGGAGCAACACGGACUCCAACGUUAUAUGAGCACUGUUGCAAACAAAACAGAACUGACUGUCGCCCGGUGUAUGUGAUGUCUUAGGACUUAGAUAUACACGGCCUUGUAAAGGAGGAACUAUGCAGAAUCUCUUACUUCCUUAUAUAAAGGACCAAUGCGCUCACUACAGCUCCGCCUCUAUGCUCCACAUUUUAUGGUAAAAUUAGAAAGCUUUUUUUCUAGUAGACCAUUAAAGGGGUUAAAUCUUUAUGGCGCUUAUGUUUCCAAUCAAUCCCGAAAAUACCCGAAAAGUGUUAUAGAAUGCCGUUCAUCUCGGAUCACGCGUCGCAUUUACCGAAAUAUCCGAAUACCUAAACCAUUAGGGUGUAUGAUUUGAUUUUUGAUUAUAUUUUAGUUGAACUGGUUCAACUAGAAUUUUUUGUAUAAUGCUCGAUGUUUUACCGUUGUUGUUUUCUUGUCACUGCUUUCACCUGUUGUAUUCAUUUCCAGCAUUAAUUAUUUGCCCGUUACAUUGAGUCCUAACUGAUUUGCGUAAAUACGGAUCUUCCAUCCAGAUGCAGAUACAGCACUGGGGAGAUAAUAUAUAUAGUGGCGUGGGGGAGACGGGACAUCUUUAGCACAUAAUAUACAAACAUCCUGAUCGUGUUUUAAAGAAUGACCAAUGUCUAUGGGCGUCGUAAGGAUACGGUUUUAUAAUUCUUUAAACUUUCUUUGUUUACUACCAAGUUGGUUAAGAAUAGGAAUGAACGGGUGUCAUAUUUUCCCCACCUUACUAUAUUUAAUUCGAUUGAUUUCCCAAUUUUUAUUUGUCUAUAUAUCUUGAUUUUCACACGUGCUUCCAAUGACAUCUGUGUAUGCAAUAAAACAUUUUAAAUCUUCUGCCGCGUGGGCUAUAA